GUGAGGUUUGCGAGUAGAGACGGCGUUAGUGUGUUAGCAGAAAUGGAAAAUAGCUGCUGGGCCUGGACUUCUAUCUUUUAUUUCUUGAUAUCGGUACAUUUAACAGUGCAUGGGUUUAACUUGGAAAUACGAUUGCCUUUGAUAAAACAAGGUGACAGGGGCUCAUAUUUUGGGUUUUCAGUAGCUGAACACCUUGGUCCUGGUGAUGAUAAAGACACCGAUUUUUAUCCCGUGUUGCUUGUUGGAGCACCCCUUGCACAGACGAAACAACCAGGAACAAACCGCUCAGGAGCUCUAUAUAAAUGCGAUUUGACGACGUACAGGAAAGACUGUAGUCAAAUUAAUGUUGAACCUAAUGACGUUCCAUUUAGUGAUGUUGACAGGAAUGGACAGUGGCUUGGUGUCACAGUUACAAGUCAAAAACCUGGUGGCUAUGUCAUGACGUGUGCUCAUCGAUAUGUGCUAAAAGGUCCAGAUUUUCGUUGGGGAGAAGGAAUUUGUUACUCUCUUAAUCCAUCUUUAAGUUAUGAUCGGGAAUGGGGCCCCUGUCGUAAUCUAGAUAGAGAUAAAGCUCAUGAGGAGUUUGGUUACUGUCAAGCCGGAGUCAGUGCAUAUAUCACCGAGGACAACAAUGUAGCAAUUGGUACACCAGGACCAUAUACAUGGAAAGGAACCUUGUUUGUUAAUAAUGUUCGUUUUGGAAUUAUGGAUGAUAUAACUUGGUAUAGAGGUGAAGUAGAUGCAUCUUCUCCAGUAAAGAAAUACAGCUACCUUGGAAUGUCAGUUACAGGAGGAAGGUUCUUUGGAAAUCACAUUAGUUUUGUAGGAGGAGCCCCACGAUCUAAUGGAACAGGCCAAGUGGUGUUCUUUAAGAAAAAUACUAAUAAUUACUUUUUAGUUGAACGUGUAUUAGAUGGGGAACAGUUUUUAUCAUCUUUUGGUUAUGCAAUGGCAUCUUUAGAUAUCAAUGGAGAUGGAGCUCUGGAUCUAGCUGUUGGAGCUCCAUUCUAUUUCAGUGAAACAGAAGGAGGAGCUGUGUAUAUUUACAUCAAUACAGAGAAUGAGUUUAAAGAAGACACAAAGCCAGUUAAAUUAACGGGAAUGCUACAGUCUGCUUUUGGUUUGGCCUUGUCAGGUGCAGAAGAUUUAAACAAAGAUGGAUAUGAUGAUCUAGCUAUUGGUGCACCAUACGAAGAAAAUGGUAGUGGAGCAGUUUACAUUCACCUGGGAUCUGCUCAUGGCCUUAUUACUGAAGCAGCUCAGGUCAUCAAACCAUCAGAUUUUCCAAGAAAAGCUCUACCAAGGUUAAAAUUAACAACAUUUGGGUACUCUUUGUCAGGGGGGUUGGACAUGGAUUCAAAUGGCUACCCAGACCUUCUCAUAGGAGCAUAUGAAAGUGAUGCUGUUAUUUUACUGAGAUCACGGCCAAUUAUUGACAUAAGAACAACUGUCACUGGUAACUUUACUCGUAUUGACCCACAGAAAUUGGGAUGUGUAGAAGAUCCCAAAUCAGACCAAGUAUGCUUUUCGUUCAGUACCUGUUUUGAAAUCACAGAACAUGUUGAUUCUGCUGGUUCUAAUUUAAGAAUCAGGUAUAGGAUAGAAGCAGAAACCUUCAUUUUUAAAUACUAUCGGGUAAUUUUUAAUUCAUCUCGUGAUUCAGAAACUCCAAAUAUUGUAGCUGAUGAUCUCACAGUUACAGUUGGGAAGACAAGGUGUAAGAAAGAAGUGGUCUACCUGAAGGAGAAAUCAGAUAUCCAGACUCCUAUCCUGUUCAAGUUAGUGUACUUGCUUGUCCAGAAGGAUCCUCCUAUGAUAGAGGAAGGAGAAGAGUUGCCUGAUUUGAAUAACUACCCAAUUCUCAAUCAGCAGGAAGCAUCAAAGACUUUUGAGGCUACUUUUCUGAAGGAUUGUGGAGCAGAUGAAAUAUGCCAGAGUAACCUUGACCUUGCAACUAAGUUUGAACUACCAAGGCCACCAGGUGCUAAAUACCAUCAUAAGCUAUACUUGGGAGAGCAGCUUCUAAACAUCUCAGUAAAAGCUAAGAACAGGGGAGAACCAGCAUAUGAUGCAGCUUUUUUUAUUUCUCAUCCAAGUAGCAUAAGCUAUGUGAAUCAUAUCACGAUAGCGAAUGAGUUAAACAUCGAAUGUAACCCAAUUACAGAGACAUUAUUAAAAUGCAUUUUGGGCAACCCAUUUAUCUUGCCAGAAGUUGAAGUUCAAGUUAAAUUUGAUAUUCGAAGGGUUGAAGAUUAUGAAAGCAGCUUGGAAUUUGAUUUUGAAGUAAACACUACGAGUUUGAACUUAGGAAAGCAAACAAUGUUUAAUACUGUGCUUGAUAUUGUACGGGUUGCCGAACUGAAGUUGCGUGGAAUUGCUCAACCAGAACAAGUAUUAUAUGGUGGUGAAAUUAAAGGAGAGACCGCAAUGAAGUCUGAAGAUGAUAUUGGUAGCCCCGUCUUUCACACCUAUGAGGUAAUCAAUGAUGGACCAUUUAGGGCCAAAAGGAUUGAAGUUGUAAUAUCUUGGCCUUUUGAAAUAGAGAAUAACAAAACACAUGGAAAGUGGGUGCUUUAUUUGAUGGAUAUACCAAAGGUUGAAAUUAAUGGGGAAUGUGUGGUGGAAAAAGGCCAAGUGAAUCCUUUGAAUAUUAAGGAAUUGCCAGAAUUCAAGUUAUCAAUUGGCAUUUCUCUUCAUACAAUGUCUACUGAUAUUCCUGUUUUAAUCAUUAUGAUUUUGUCCAUUUUGCAGCAAGAUUGUGACUAUGGUAGCGCUAAGUGUUUUCAAAUCUUAUGUACCAUCAAUAACCUUGGUGCAAAAAAGAGUGACGUUAUAAAAAUAAAGGCUCGUCUUUGGAAUAGUACUUUUGUUGAGGAUUAUCCAAAGGUGGAUUAUGUUAGUAUAAUUUCCAGAGGGAAGAUCUAUCUUGACUCUGAUUUAGAUAUUGAGCAAAACACAACAAAUGAUGUUGCCUCAGCUGAAACCAAAGCUUAUCCAGACAAACUUGUUUCUGAAAUAGAGAAAGAAGUCCCAAUUUGGAUCAUUAUAGUGUCUGUGGCUUGUGGCAUUCUUCUACUUAUAAUCGUUAUCAUAAUUUUGUGGAAGUGUGGAUUUUUUGCAAGGCCAUUACAUCAAUAUACAGUGGUGCCAAAAGAAGAAAAAAGUGUGAAUAAUCACCCAGAAACAUCAUGAAUAAAAAAUCAUUAUUAUUUAAUUCUGUGU